AACAAAGUAAACUUGCACCCUUAACACAAAAACAACAUUGUGUCAAAAGUUGAAAGUUUUUGGAUAUAAAAGUGUUUAUAUAUCAUUGACUUGAUCUUUAGGAGGCGUCUUGCAUUGUCUUGUGCGAGUUUGUAUGCACUCUCCCUUAUUAUGACCGAAAAGUAUAAAAUCCUGGAAUGCAUUGGUCAUGGAAGCUUUGGCAGGAUUUACAAGGUUCAGAGGCUUUCUGACGGCGUACUGCUAGCUCAAAAGGAAAUUCCUUUCGGAAAUAUAAGUAGACAAGAGAAGCAGCACAUUGCAGAUGAAGUGAAUAUUCUUCGACAUCUAAAACAUCCUAAUAUCGUUCAAUACUGUGGCGAGGAAAUCAACAGACUUACUCAAGUGAUUAAUAUUUAUAUGGAAUACUGCGAUCGUGGUGAUUUGGCAAAACACAUUGAGAUUCAUAAGGAAGAGAAAACGAGAUUUCCAGAGCAUCAAGUACUCCGGUUCUUUACGCAACUUUUACUCGCCUUGUACAGAUGUCAUUAUGGUAGAGAUGCUCCCGUUACGGAGAACCAGUGGAUGAACGAAAGCCACAUUCCUAACCAGUAUGUCUUGCAUCGAGAUAUCAAACCUGCCAAUGUGUUCCUUGAUGAAGACAAUUCGGUGAAGUUGGGAGACUUUGGACUAUCGAAAUUACUAGACAAUACUCGUAUGUUCACACAGAGCUACGUAGGAACCCCGUAUUAUAUGUCUCCGGAGAUUAUUCGAAAUAAUCCUUACAGUGCGAAAUCGGACAUAUGGGCACUUGGAUGCGUUAUGUUUGAAGUGUGUAUGCUUAGCCACCCAUUUGAAGGAAGAUCGUAUUUAGAAUUACAAAAGAAUAUUUGUCAAGGAAAUCUUUCCCAUUGGGAUGGUUAUUAUAGUAAUGAUCUAUAUCAACUAAUUCGGCACUGUUUGGAAAUUGACUGUGACGUACGUCCUACGACGUUUCAACUUUUGUGUUCUCCAGUGUUAAUGGACAUUAGAAAGCAGCUGGAAACGGAACGUUUGAUGAAGGAUCAGUUCAGGGUUCUUCGAAAGAAGCAGCAGUCAUUGAACCAACGAGAAAACGAGAUUGCGCUUCGAGAGCAACAACUGGCGAUGCGUGAAAAUGAGCUUGGAAACUAUGUAGCAGCGAAUUUAGCACAACAAGAAGAGGCACUGCGUCGUGAUAUGGAGAAACAAUUACGAGAAGUGGAUAAUCGUUACCAAAGAUAUGUACAGCAAAUGAUUGGAUCUAUGCAGCAAAUGCAGAUAUCGAAUCCACAGAUGUAUGGUGCAGCAGAAGGGGGCAAUAUGUCUACGAUGGAGAUGGUUAUGGACACAGCUAUUGAAACAACGGGGAUCCAAGAACCCAAAUUAAGUUUAAGCCAUGUAACAUCUACAGAAAUAGUACCUUUUGUUCAACCGAAAAAAGCAAUGGCAUCGGAACGGGAAGUACCUAGCUUGAAGAAGAAAGAGAUGUCGUCACGGGCGCUGCACACGACGGCUACGCUUAUGAAGCAUGCAUACAAACCGCAAAGUCCAAUUGAGAAAAAGUCUGCCUCGCUUCAUGAUCGACAUGACGUUAACCAUGUGGUAGAUUCGAUGGCGAAACUAUUGGAUAGUUCUUUGCAAUGCAAGAACGAAUCUGAAGAAAAGACGAAUGAUGACCUGCAUGAGAUUUUACGAAUGCGACGAAAAACAAGUAAAGGGAUUUUUGAGAAUGAGCAGCCAGAGACGGCAAUUCUUCCUGGUGCACUUCCAGAAGAUGGAUAUAAGGAAGGGAAGCAGAGAACGAAGCAUGAUUCGUUAGAUUCUCGAUACAUUGAAAAAUUGGAGAAAUUGCAUUUACGAUACCCGACGACGAGCAGUGGCCGACAACCAUCGAAACUUGCGAGAACACAGCAAGGUAAGAUGGGAUACUUGAUGAAGGCGGAAUCAAUGGUGGACGAGGAUAGGAAGAAAGAAAGACGUGGAAAGGAAGAUGGAGAAGGGUUAGAAGAGCCGAUAUCUAGUGGAGAAGAUUAUACGCAACAGAUGCCGAAGAAGCUACAAUUACUAGAAGGACAGAAACGGUCACCGGUGAAGCAAUUGGCACGGUUGAAUACAAACAAGCUACGACGUUCAGGUAUGGAUCGACCUACGUAUGGAUGGGGAGAAGAAGAUAUGUCUGGGCAAUUAUUGAAAAAGACAUGGAAUUCCCGGAUGAUGCAAGCUUGAAGAGGAAAAAGAGAAAGAGGAAAGAUUUCCUUUUUUAUUUAUUUUUUUUCCUUUUUUUUUAUAAAAAAAAAGGAAAAAAAAAAAAAUCUUUAAUUUAUACGUCUACUAAUACCUUUUGUUUUUUAUGAUUAUUAUUAUUCUUAUUAAUUGUGGACUAUUUGCGUUUGUUAAUUUUUAUUUUUUGAGAGACAAACCAGACGAUGGAAAUGUUUUGCUGGACGAAACAAGCAAGGGUCUGUGAUUUGGAAAUAAUGAAUGAGUUGUAAUUUUAAAUGGAAAGAAAAAAAAAAAAAAAAAAAAAAAAGAGAGAGAGAGAGAGAAAGAAAGAGAAAUGAAUAAAAUAAAAUAAAAUAAAUAUUGAAAGGAAUAACGAAUGAAUUGUAGAAAGAAAAGAAAACAAACAGGAAUGACAGGUAAAGGAAG